GGACAGUAUCGAGUCGUCGUCUGGGGAAACAUGGAACUGUUGGUAAUAUUUCUCUGCGCUUUGAGUGCGUCUGCCACUGCGAGUGGGAACAGUUCUGAGCCAGUUCCCGACCACAUCAUCACCAAUGGCCAGCCGGCGUACGAUGGCCAGGCGCCCUUUGUCGUGGGCAUGGCCUUCCACACGAGCAAUCAGUGGUGCAGUGGCACCAUCAUUGGCGACACCUGGAUACUGACUGCACGCGCCUGUCUGACGGCCAGCACUGGCGUGACCAUUUACUUUGGGGCGACACGACGCAGCCAGGCGCUGUACGCGGUGUCGGUGGGCAGCUCGCAGUACGUGCAGAACAACGAGCAGCUCGCCCUGGUGCACGUACCGCAGGUGAGCUACAGCAACAGGGUCAGGAAGGUGGCACUGCCGGGGCUGCGGGAUCAAUCGAAUCGCUACGAAAACAGGUGGGCCACCACCUGCGGCUGGGGCAGCACCGCAUUCACACAGGCACUGCCCGACUGGCUGCAGUGCGUCGAUCUGCAGAUCAUGUCCAACAGCGAGUGCAUUCCGUUCUACGGCCGGGAUACCAUCACCGAUCGCAUCCUGUGCACUCGCACCAUCAACGGCAAGUCGAUCUGCUUCGGCGAUGCCGGCAGUCCCCUGGUCACCAAACAGGGCUCCAUUAUGGUGGGGCUGUCGCUGUUCGUGUCCACGCAGGGCUGCACCCUGGGCAUGCCGGCUGGGUUCGCUCGCAUCACCAGCCAUUUGAACUGGAUACGCCAGCACACUGGCAUCUACUAUUGAGUGUCGCACUCGCAGUUAAAGGAGAAAAAAAAACUACAAUUUAAUAUACAAAUAAAAUGCAUUUGGCUGUCGAUUUACAACUCAAA